CCCUCUCAAAUUCCACCCCCUUCCCUCACCCUUUCAAUAUUCACCCUUUCCUCACCCUUUCACUCACCCUCACCCUAUCAACAUUCACUUUUCCCUCACCCCUUCCCUCACCCCUCACCCCUUCCCUCACCGCUCACCCCACAGUCGAUAAGUAAUUUUCACAGAGCAAACAGCGGGAGGCACCCAAGGCGAGGCUAGAAUGCUGAUGUCUCAGUGGUCUAUGUGCCUGUGUGUGUGUUGAUGUUGGGUGAUGUUUCUGUGUUGAUGUUGAGGUGAUGUUGAUGUCCCAGUGGUUGAUGUGCGCGUGGUGAUGUUGGGUGAUGUUGGGGUGAUGUCUCAGUGGUCGAUGUUGCGGUGAUGUUUCUGUGUUGAUGUUGAGGUGACGUUGAUGUCCCAGUGGUCGAUGUUGGGGUGAUGUUUCUGUGUUGAUGUUGAGGUUAUGUUGAUGUCCCAGUGGUUGAUGUGCGCGUGGUGAUGUUUCUGUGUUGAUGUUGAGGUGAUCCUGAUGUCUCAGUGGUCGAUGUGCCUGUGUGUGUGUUGAUGUUGGGGGAUGUUGAUGUGGCGAUGUUGUGAUGGUGAAAUUGUACUGAUGUGUGGUGAUGUCAGGGGAUAUUACGGUGAUGUGAUGCUGUUUGUGUGGUCGUGAUGUUGUGUUAAUGUUGUGUUGAUGUUGUAUAUGGUGAUAUUCGCGGAUGUUGUGAUGCUGUUGCAAUGACGUUUGUAUGGUAAUAAGGUUUGUGUGUGUUAUGGUAAUGCUGUGUUGAUGUUAACGAUGUUGAUGGUGUGGGGCGGUGAUAUUGGUCAGCAUGGCGGCCCCUUCUCUCUGCCUGCUCCUGCUGCUCGCCUUCUCCCGCGCACUCCACGCAUUCCCUGCCGACGUCGACCCCAUCACCAUCACUGUCGGCAGAGACAGCGAGAGUCUCCCCGUGUUCCUGGGAGAGGACGACUCCUCCAACAGCAGCCUCAACGUCCAGCUGUUGCUCCAGAUCGGAGCGCGCCUGCUCAUAGCAGGGCGGGACCGCGUGUUCACUGUGGACCUGAGCCGCCCCAUGCACGGCGCCAUCACCCACAGCACGAAGCUGACGUGGAUGGCGGAGCGCCAGGAGGUGGACCGGUGUCUCAUGAAGGGCAAGACGGAGGAGGAGUGUCACAACUUCAUCAAGGUGGUUGCGCCACGCGGAGACGGACUCCUCUUUGUGUGCGGCACCAACGCAUACAGCCCCAUGUGCAGGAACUACCAGCUGGCGGACCUGUCCUUCACUGGGGAGCAGACGAGUGGCAUCGCCAAGUGUCCCUUCGACCCCCGGCAGGGAGGGGCGGCCACCUUCGCAGGCGAGCGUCUCUACUCGGCCACGGCCGUGGACCCCCUGGGGGUCGACGCGGUGGUCUAUGGGAGCCUGGGGCCCGGGCCCCCUCUGCGCUCUCUCAAACUCGACUCCAAGUGGCUCAAGGAGCCCGUGUUCGUGAGAGUGCUGGAGCACGGGCAGCAUGUCUACUUCUUCUUCACAGAGAUCGCCGUUGAGCUCAGCUCCAUGGGCAAGGUGCUGUUCUCGCGCGUGGCGCGCGUCUGCAAGAGCGAUGCGGGGGGCUCUCAGCGCGUGCUGGACGGCCACUGGAGCUCCUUCGUGAAGGCGCGACUCAACUGCUCGGUGGGGGGCGAGGCGCCCGGGGACGCCCCCUUCUACUUCAACGAGCUCCAGGGAGUCUCCGAGGUGCUCCGCAUCGGGGGUCGCGAGCUCGUGCUCGGGGUCUUCACCACCCCCCUCAACAGUAUCCACGGCUCGGCCGUAUGUGCGUUCGACAUGGAGGACGUGGCCAGCGCCUUCCAGGGGCGCUACUCAGAGCAGCGAGGGCCCGACGGCCCCUGGCUCGCCGUGCCGGAGGCCCGCACGCCCACACCCAGGCCCGGUGCGUGUGCGGGAGAGGGGGAGGCGGCUGCGUUCCCCCGCUCGCCGCUGCUGCCGGACGAGGCGCUGAGCUUCGCCAAGACGCACCCGCUGGCUCACCGCGCCGUCGCCGCCGUCUCCCCGCAGCCCUGGUUCGUGCGCUCUGGCACCCGCUACCGGCUGACCCACAUCGCGGUGGACGUGACGGCGGGGCGCCACGGCAACGAGACGGUGGUGCUGCUCGCGGCGCAGAGCGGCGUGCUGCUCAAGCUGCUGCUGCUGCUGCCGCCGGGCGGCGGUGGCGCCGUGCUGCUCGAGGAGGCCGAGCCCUACAGCGCCCGCGACUGUGGCGAGCGGUCCCCGCGCGCGGUGCGGGCGCUGCUCGUGGACACGGAGCGCCACGCCGUGUUCCUCGCUUUCUCCUCCUGCGUGCUACGCCUCCCGCUCAGCCACUGCGCGCGGCACGCAGACUGCAAGAAGGCUUGCCUGGCGUCCCGGGACCCGUACUGCGCCUGGUCGGGGGGGACCUGCAGCCGGGUCACGCCAUCGUCCCACGGCAGCCCCAUGGCGGAGCAAGCCCUCGCCACGGGGAGCGUGGGGAACCUGCCUGACUGCGCCGACUCCGUUGUGACGUCCAGCGGAGCGAUCCGCGAGCCGCGGGUCUCCUCCUCCCCGGGCCGCGUCCCCGCCGGCAUCGUAUGGCUCUGCCUGCUCGGCGCCUUCACUCUCGGCGCGGCGCUCUCCUGCGUCGCCACCGUCUGCCUCUUCCGCCGCUGCCGGCCCCGGCGGCCCGAGCGGCCGCGCAAGCCGCCGCCCGCGGCGCCGGCCCCGGGCGCGGGCCCGGGGCCGCCGGGGCCCUACGCCCGUUCGCGACUGCUCGAGGAGCUGCUGCUGGAGGGCGCCGCGCGGGGCAAGGUCGACGCCGUGGCCAGGUCGGCCGCGCUGCUCGUGCCGCUCAUGGCCGUCGGCAAGGUGGACGUGACGGCGCUCGAGUGGGCGGGGGGCUUCCCCCGCCGUUCCCCCGCGCCGGCGGCCGCCCCCUCCCCGAGCUGGCGGCGCUGCCCACCCCCGAGUCGACGCCGCCCGCGACGCGCAGGAAGACGGGAGGCGGGGGCGGCGCCGCGGACCCCCGGCCGCGGCCGUCGCCCGCCGCGACCGCCGCGGCCGCCGCCGUCGCUUUCACCGUUUGGCCCCAGAAGAGCGCUGGGUCCGACGCGACGACCACGGGGGACCCCGGGCAGCAGGGCCACGCCGAGCGAGCGAGCGCACCCAGCCUGGCGCUCGAGGAACUGCUCAGGAAGCUGCAGGAGACCGGUCAAGUGACGCAGUGCAUCCUGGGAGACGGGCGCCGUCCCCGCCCGGGUGGCCGUUUGCCGUGCGCGCCGCCCGAGCGGUCGGGCGCUCCGCUCCGCCGGCACCGCUCGCGUCCCCCGUCGCGCUCCCCGCCGCGCCCCUCCGCGUGGCCCCCCCUCCCUCGCGGCGCGCGGGGGUCAGCCUCGUCUGGGAGGGGGGCGGCUCGUGAACCCGGCCCCCCCCAGGUCGCCGCGUUCCCGCGUCUCGGCGCGCGCAGAACCGCAGCGGUCAAGCCGGCGCCGGCCCCGAAGCCGCCGGGCGCCACUCCCCCGCCAGCUCCUCCCGCCGGCGCUCCCCCACCCCGCGCGCCGGUCUCCUCCUCCUCCGCCGGGCGCGCAGCGUUGCUGUGCGGACGCUAAGCGCCGGGAGCGGACGGGGGGAGCGCCCGCCCGGCCCGGGGACGUUGUGGAGCCGUCGGAGGCGUCGGAGCCGGCGCCCCGGAGGCGCGAUCAUCGAACAUCGGCGGUGGUCGACGCCGGACGGCGCCACGCAGCGCCGCGACCAAGGGCUUCGGGCGCCGGCGCCUCAUGCCGGAUAAACGGCGGGAGGCGCCGGCAAAAAUAAAGGGGAACACGCGAGCUCCUGGCAGAAUGGUGAAACGAGCACACAGCUAUGUGUGCGUGCGAUAGCGAUUGGAGUGCGCGGGCCUGUAUGUGCGCGCGUGAGCACCAACACCAAUAUUGGUGUUGGUGUCUAGGGAGUGGUAGUGUAGUGGUUCAAGGGCGGCGCUACAAACCCGGCGACCCGAGUUCGAUUUCGGCUCGCGGCCAUAAACACCGGUGACGAUUAUCUGAAACGGUCCUGGCCCUCCCCUACGU